CUGGCUGAUCCAUUUUUUAUUCCACUUCCAUUAUCUGCUGCGGGCUGCGUGGGGAUGCGCGUAACGCCCUGGAGCGUGCGCGCCCGGCUCGGUUCUUCCGUGGCUUUUUUUGUUCUUCCUUAUUGUGUGUUUGUGCGUGUAUGUGUGUGUGUGUGUGUCUCGUAACUGCUACCCCCCACCCCUUCCUCACAGCCGGGCAUCACGUCACGUGUCAGGACUCCCAAGUUCCUCCGUGUCAGAUCGUCCACGGAGCUCCAGCAGAGCGCGAGCCGCACGGUCUGUCCUCCACGCGCGCGCAUCUCCGCUCCACGCCGCCGCGUGACCAACACACCUGGGCGCGGAGGGACGGACGGACGGACGCACGAAGAAACCACAUCUUCCCUCCGGAUUACCUUUUCUUUGGUCCGUGAAGUGAAGUGGGGAGAUCUUUUGGAGAGAGGAAGGAGGCGCAGAGCUCCGGUGUCGGAAAGGCUGGAGAACACGGACAAGUCACGGAUCAUGCUUAUGGGAACUUCCGAUUCCGUCUCGAUAAGAGUGGCUCUGCCUGAUGCUCUAUCAUGACUGAUGGCGAGGGGAGAGUGCGCUUCCAGUUCGCCGAGUGCCCGGAAGGGCAGGAGGAGGCGCGGGAGGAGGUGAGGCUCGCUAUACCAACGCCCUGCAGGAAGGACGCAGCCGGUCCCGACGGUGACCCUGGAGGAGGCCGUGAGGAUGAUGAUGAUGAGGAGGAGGAGGAUGAAGAGGAAGGGGAAGAGGAGGAGGAGGAGGUGGAGAGCAGCGGUAAGAGGAGGGCUGCCGACCGGGGAGACGGCGGCGAAUGGAGCCCCGAGGCCCGGGAGGCGCGCGAGGGCCAGGAGCCGCAGCCGGACGCCGGGGUCGGGCCGGCGCUGGGAGUCCGCAUCAGGGCUCCUCUCCGCGAUCCGGACUGCGCGUCGGAGGAGGAGGAGCAGCAGCAGCCGUACCCCGCCCUGGCCCCCGAGGCCUUCUUCUGCCUGAAGCAAACCACCAGGCCUCGCAACUGGUGUCUCCGCCUCGUCUGUAACCCGUGGUUCGAGCACGUGUCCAUGCUGGUCAUCCUGCUCAACUGCGUGACUCUGGGGAUGUUCCAGCCCUGUGAGGACGUCGCCUGCCAGGCGGAGUGGUGCCGCAUCCUGCAGGUACUGGAUGAUUGCAUCUUUGCUUUCUUUGCCGUGGAAAUGGUCAUCAAGAUGGUGGCGCUGGGAAUUUUUGGCCCCAAUUGUUACCUCGGCGACAAGUGGAACCAGCUGGACUUCGUCAUUGUCAUGGCAGGGGUUUUGGAGUAUUCUCUGGACGGCCACAACGCCAGUCUGUCGGCCAUCCGGACCGUCCGAGUGCUCCGGCCUCUGCGAGCCAUCAACAGGGUACCAAGCAUGCGCAUCUUGGUGACGCUGCUGCUGGACACCUUGCCCAUGCUGGGAAACGUCCUGCUCCUCUGCUUCUUCGUCUUCUUCAUCUUCGGCAUCGUGGGGGUGCAGCUGUGGGCGGGACUGCUGCGCAACCGCUGCUUCCUGGGAGAGGACGUCCGGACAAUGUACAACCUGUCCAUGAGUCCCUACUACCAGCCGGAAGAGGGCGAGGACAGCCCCUUCAUCUGCUCGGCCCCCCGCGAGAACGGCAUGCUGCGCUGCCACAGCGUGCCCCCCCUGGCCGAGGGCGGGGCCGACUGCUCGCUGGCGGCGCCUCCGCGGGCCGGCGUCAACGGCUGCGUCAACUGGAACCAGUACUACAACGUGUGUCGGGCCGGGGAGCUCAACCCGCACAAGGGGGCGGUGAACUUCGACAACAUCGGCUACGCGUGGAUAGCCAUAUUCCAGGUCAUCACCCUGGAAGGAUGGGUAGAUAUCAUGUACUAUGUCAUGGACGCUCACUCCUUCUACAAUUUUAUAUAUUUUAUACUGCUCAUUAUUGUAAGUACCUCCUCGCAUUUAUUCCCUUCCUCUUUUUUUUUUGAUCCAGAGGAGCUGACGGAUGUGUUGGAGAUCAGUAACAUCGUCUUCACCAGCAUGUUCGUGCUGGAGAUGGGCUUCAUGCUGCUGGCGUUCGGCCUGUUCGGUUACAUCAGGAACCCGUACAACAUCUUCGACAGCAUCAUUGUGAUCAUCAGCGUGUGGGAGAUCAUCGGCCAGGCGGACGGCGGCCUGUCGGUGCUGCGGACCUUCCGCCUGCUGCGGGUCCUGAAGCUGGUCCGCUUCCUGCCGGCUCUGAGGAGACAGCUGGUGGUGCUGAUGAAGACCAUGGACAACGUGGCCACCUUCUGCAUGCUGCUGAUGCUUUUCAUCUUCACCUUCAGCAUCCUGGGCAUGCACCUCUUCGGCUGCAAGUUCAGCCUCCAGACGGAGAACGGAGACACCAUCCCCGACCGCAAGAACUUUGACUCGCUGCUCUGGGCCAUCGUCACGGUGUUCCAGAUUCUGACCCAGGAGGACUGGAAUGUGGUGCUGUACAACGGCAUGGCCUCCACCUCGCCGUGGGCGGCGCUCUACUUCGUCGCUCUCAUGACUUUCGGCAACUACGUGCUCUUCAAUUUACUCGUGGCCAUCUUGGUAGAGGGCUUCCAGGCUGAGGGCGAUGCUAAUCGCUCAGAGUCAGACGAUGACAAAAAAUCGGACAACUUUGAGGAGGACGAGAAGGUGGAUCAGCUCCGACACACUGAGCUAAAGAUGUACUCUCUGAUGAUGACAGCCAACGGCGUGUCUCCUCCCAUAAUCAUGCGCACGGCGGCCACCCCCAUGCCCACGCCGAAGAGCUCCCUGGGCCCCGAGUCGGUCCUGGAGGAGGUGGCGCCCCCGUACGGGGAGGCGGGGCUCGGGUUUUGCGACGCGGGAAGCAUCCACGCAGGGUCUCGCCGCGGAAGCUCCGCCUCCGUGGACCCUUCGGCCUACGACCAGCACUCCCUGGGCCUCUCCAGUCCCGGCCGGCGCUCCCCUCUGCCCCCCCGCUCGUGGGGGAGCCGGCGCUCCAGCUGGAACAGCCUGGGAAGGGCGCCGAGCCUCAAGAGGCGAGACGCCAGCGGGGAGAGGGAGAGCCUGCUGUCUGGGGAGGGGGGGGAGGAGGCGGGAGAGGAGGGAGACGGCCGGGAGGGCGAGGCCGGGGGCGCCGACCGCCCGCGGCCGGAGUCCCUGGAGCUGCUGCAGGCCUCCGCCCUCUGCCCCUCCGUCACAGCGGAGUACGGGGACUGUAACGGCAGGACCGCGACCUACGACCCCAACGCGCACGCCCAGCCCAAGGACGACUCCUCGCCGGAGGACGACAUUGACGACGACAGUUCCUUCUGGCACUGGAUGAGAAAAGAGCUGGAGAACAUGAAGCCCCGCUGGUGCAGAGAGCACGAGGACUGGACCAUGUAUUUGUUCUCUCCGCAGAGCAAAUGCCGUGGGUGGUGCCAAAGUGUGAUCUCUCAAUUGUUUGACCACGUGGUUCUGGUUUUCAUCUUCCUCAACUGCAUCACCAUCGCUCUGGAAAGACCUGAUAUACAGCUCCAGAGCAAGGAGCGAGUGUUCCUGAGCGUGUCCAACUACGUGUUCACUGUGAUCUUCCUGGCGGAGAUGGCCGUGAAGGUCGUGGCUCUGGGCUUCUGCUUCGGGAAGCAGACGUACCUCCAGUCCAGCUGGAACGUUCUGGACGGGUUGCUGGUGCUGGUGUCUCUGGUGGACAUCCUGGUCUCCAUGGCCUACACCGGCGGCAACCGGAUCCUGGGCAUCCUCCUGCUGCGCCUGCUGCGGACGCUGCGCCCGCUGAGGGUGAUCAGCCGAGCUCCGGGACUGAAGCUGGUGGUGGAGACGCUCAUCACCUCCCUCCGACCCAUCGGGAACAUCGUCCUCAUCUGCUGCGCCUUCUUCAUCGUCUUCGGCAUCCUGGGCGUCCAGCUGUUCAAAGGGAAGUUCUACCACUGUGAAGGCCUGGACAUGAAGAACAUCACCAACAAGUCGGACUGCCUGCAGGCCAACUACCGCUAUCGCAGGAAGUACAACUUUGACAACCUGAUUCAGGCUCUCAUGUCCCUGUUCGUGCUGUCGUGUAAGGACGGCUGGGUGAACAUCAUGUACGACGGGCUGGACGCGGUGGGAGUGGACCAGCAGCCCGUGAGGAACCACAACCCCUGGAUGCUGCUCUACUUCAUCUCCUUCCUGCUGAUCGUCAGCUUCUUCGUCCUCAACAUGUUUGUCGGCGUCGUGGUGGAGAACUUCCACAAGUGCCGGCAGGCAGAGGAGGAGGAGGCCCGCCUACGGGAGGAGAAGAGGCUCAAAAUGAUAGAGAAAAAGCGCAGGAGUAAGGAGAAUGGUGGAGCUGGGGCCAAGCAGAGGCCUUACUACGCCGACUACUGCCCCCUGCGCCUCUACAUCCACACACUGUGCACCAGCAACUACCUGGACCUCUUCAUCACCUUCAUCAUCUGCGUCAACGUCUUCACCAUGAGCAUCGAGCACUACAACCAGCCGCAGUACUUGGAGGAGGUGCUGAAGUACUGUAACUACGUGUUCACCUGCAUCUUCGUCUUCGAGGCGGUGCUCAAAGUCGUGGCGUUCGGCAUCCACCGCUUCUUCAAGGACAGGUGGAAUCAGCUGGACGUCGCCAUCGUGGCGCUCUCCAUCAUGGGCAUCACGCUGGAGGAGCUGAAGAUGAGCUCGGCGCUGCCCAUAAAUCCCACCAUCAUCAGGAUCAUGAGGGUCCUCCGGAUAGCACGAGUGCUGAAGCUGCUGAAGAUGGCCACGGGGAUGCGCUCGCUGCUGGACACCGUCAUGCAGGCGCUGCCGCAGGUGGGAAAUCUGGGCCUCCUCUUCAUGCUGCUGUUCUUCAUCUACGCUGCGCUGGGAGUGGAGCUCUUUGGCAAACUGGAGUGCACUGAACACAACCCGUGCGAGGGGCUGAGUCGGCACGCCACCUUCGACAACUUCGGGAUGGCCUUCCUGACGCUGUUCCGCGUGUCCACAGGAGACAACUGGAAUGGGAUUAUGAAAGACACGCUGCGGGAGUGCCACCCCGAGGAGCGCCACUGUCUCGCCUACCUGCCUCUGGUCUCUCCGAUGUACUUUGUCACGUUCGUGCUCAUGGCCCAGUUCGUGCUGGUCAACGUGGUCGUGGCGGUUCUGAUGAAACAUCUGGAGGAGAGCAACAAGGAGGCUAAAGAGGACGCAGAGAUGGACGCAGAGAUCGCCCUGGAGAUGGCGAUGGAGAGGGAGCGCAAGUUAAGCACAACUUCCAUCAACAGCUCGGUGGGCGGAGCCUACGUCGGGCCGUGCCCACAGUCACCUGGACAGGAGGAGGAGGUGCAGUGCGGGGACCUGCUGUCGUCAAGGAAGAUGUCCGUAUCCAGGAUGCACUCUCUGCCUAACGACAGCUACAUGUUCCGGCCCGUGCGGCCCGCCAGCGCCCCCUCCCCCCUGGAGGAGGCGGAGCUCGGCCCCCAGCACCAGCACUCAGGCUCGGUGACGUCGGUCCCCUCCCCGCCGGGGGAGAGCCGCGCGCUGCUGCUGCAGGUUCCAGACGUCUCCCCCGUUCACCCCCGGCAGCCUCCCUCCCUGCCGCGCAUCGCCCCGCCCGCGCCCAGCCCCUCCCCCCGGGCCCUGCGGAAACAGGUUGCCGUUAAAUUGGAUUCGGUGGACACGGCCCACCUGCCCCCCCUGACUCCCCCCUCGCCCUCCUCCGCCCUGCCUCCUCCGUCUCCCUCCUCCCUGCGUCCGCCGCUGUCCUCCCCCUCCUCCCUCCCUCCGUCGCCCACGUCCCCCUCGCUUCUCCUCCCCCCGCCUCCCUCCCCGCGUCUCCCCCUGCGCCCCGCCAGCCUCCGGAGGCCCCGCCCUCCCUCGCCCGCCUCCCUCUGCGACCCGGCGGACGAGGAGGUGUGUCACAUCACGAGCUCCGCCCGCCACCGGCGGAGGGACGAGGAGGAGGAGGGGGCGGGGCAAGAGAGCAGGGGGAAGGUGGGCCGCAGCCACUCCCUCUCCCCCUACACCACCCCGCACUCCCUCAACGCCGCCUCCCCCUCCUCCCACCUUCCUCCCCCGCUGCCGCCUCCCUCCUCGAGGAGCGCGCUCAGCCUGCUGGGGGCGGGCGAGACGAGCCGCGGCGACCUUCGGCCGGGGGUGUCGAGCGUGGGCGGCCGCGCCCUCCCGGGCGGACCGCCCUCGCUCUCCGCCGGUUACCCCGACGACCAGCGGCGCCACUCCAUCGAGGUCUGCCUCCCGCAGGCCGCCCCCCCCGGCGGCGAGCGGCCGGCCCGCUGGACGGAGAAAGGCGCUCAGGCGUUUCCCGUGAGGGUGCAGUCGGUCGGGGGCGGCCACAGGAAGAAGAAGAUGAGCCCCCCGUGCAUCUCCAUCCACCCGCCCUGCGAGAGGGAGCACCCCCAGACAGCCUCCCCCCCGAAGCUGGCCGACUGCAGCAUGCUGCUGAGACGCAGGACGCCAUCCUACGACCUGAGCCUGCACGCGCAGGACGUCCCGGCCGACCCGCAGGCGCGCUCCCCGCUGCGCGCCCCCCUCCCCGCGCCGCUGACGCCCUCGCCGGCGUCCACCCCGCCGCACGUCCCCAUCAGCCCCAACGUCUUCGUCCAGCCGCACGCGCCUCUGGUCCCGAGGCCGUUCUCGCAGGCAGCGCACUCCCUGUCCCCCGGCGCGAGGCACCCCCCCCUCGCGGGGGAGUACAUCCCCCUCCCCCCCCAGUUCACCUUCGACCAACCACAGAACAGGUACGUGAGCGGCCUGUCGGACGCCGACGCCGCCACCUGCUCCUCCCCCUUCGACACCAGACUGGGAAGCGGGGCGGGGUUCAGCGCCAAGAACAGGAGGACCGCCCAGUGAACAUCUAAAGGGGAGGGGGGCGGGGGGGGGGGUGGGGCGUUCCUUUAUUUGAUCUUUGAAUUCUGAAAAGACACAACUUAGAGACAUUGGUGCACCCCCCCGCCCUGGAAGGACAGCAGAUCCAGGCUGUGACCCCGGUGACCCCUGUGACCCC